AUGGCAAAUUUUCAAGAAAUGGCAAUGUUCUUUGCCAUUAAUAACGUUGAGGAACAUGCAAAUUAUGUUCAUAAUGAAAGACAGACGAGAAAUAGAGAAUACAUUACUGACCCGUUUACAUUGUCUGAUCGGUUAUUUAUCAAAAACUUUAGACUGACUAAAGACGCUGUUAGAUAUUUAAUUGAUUUAUUAAGGCCUCAUAUAAUAUCUAACACCCGUUCGUCUGCGAUUGAUUUAAACACUAAGAUUUUUUCUACUUUGAAUUUUUUGGCGACGGGCUGUUACCAAUCUCCUAUUGGUAACAGCAAAUUGAUGGUGCUGUCACAACCAACUGUAUCCCGAUGUAUAAGUGAAGUUGUGGCAGCACUAAAUCUGCCUGAGAUAUUUCAAGCAUGGGUUAGAUUUCCUAAAAAUUUGAGUGAGCUCUCUGAAAUACGCAAUGAGUUUUACAAAGAAACUGGAUUUCCAGGUAUUAUUGGUUGUGUUGACUGCACUCAUGUGGCAAUCGUACCUCCAUCAACUAACUUAAAUCUAAAUGAAAAUCAAUAUCCAGAGUAUAUUUAUGUGAACCGCAAAGGUUAUCACUCAAUUAAUGUUCAAUUGAUUUGUGAUUCAAAACUCAACAUUUUGAACGUAAAUGCACUUUUUCCUGGAAGUACGCAUGAUAUCCACGUUUGGAAUAAUAGCUCAAUCUUACAAACACUUCAAGAACUACACAGGCGUAAUCACAAAGAUUUUUUUUUAUUAGGAGAUUCUGGAUAUCCAUUGCGCCAAUGGCUGCUGACGCCAAUUGCUAAUCCUACAACAAAUGCAGAAAUCUAUUAUAACCAGAGACAAAUUCCUAAAAAUGCGAUUUCGGUGUCUACUAAAAGAUAG